UUUAAGGGGUUCUUUCAAAAUAGCAUCAGUUCUUGAUUAAUGAAGAAAAAUAUGAUUUAAACAUGCAGUUGCCAAGGGUUUAAAAUGAAAAUCCGAUUUUUCCUUUGCAUCUAAGCGAUGCUCCGACGAAAAAACUGAGUGAGGUUGGCAAAAUACGACAUCGACAUUUCCCGAGCAGUCCAUCAUUUCUGCGAUUUGGAAAACAUCAACGAUGACGGAGAAAGACGUCAUUCAAAGGUUCAGAAAGUUGCAUAUGAGUGAUGAUGCUAAUGAUCAGUUUCGGAUGAAUGCAAACAGCCUUCUAGAUCAACUCAUAUCGCUUGCACACGUAUCCUGUGCUGCUGAUAAACCACAACGAGGAGAGGGAUCACAGCAUAUGACAGAAGAGGACUUCCUCUCCUUCAUUACAUAUGGAUGCAGGAUCUUAAAAGAAAAACACCUGUUGCUGAAAAGCAAGUUUGCAGAUGCAAUGUAUCUUAUUCUUAUCAAGCAACAAAGGACAUUAUCUCCAGAAGUUCUCCCCAUUGUGUUACCAUUUAUCUUAUCAAGUCUCAUGGAAUCACCAGCUUCACUGAAAAUAAACUUCUUGCAAGCACUGGGGGCAGUGGUAUAUCAGAAUGGGUCAUAUAUUGACUUGGAACUACUGGAAGAACUGCUGAAUCCAUCACACUUUAUUUGGUCACUCCUAAAACCUUCAAAUGGUGAUUUCAUCAGUCAGAUUGAAUGUAUACAGUGUUUGGGUAAUCUAUGUGCAAAAUCAUCCUCUGGUUCAUACAUAGACAAAUCAUUCUUUAAAGUCUGCUACCAGAAUAUCAUGGAUUAUUUAAGAGCCUUACUGAAUAUUGAAGAUAUGGAAAAUCUUGAGUUACAUAAGCUUAUUGCCAAGACAUUAAAGGUUCUACAACAAGCUGUAACAACAAUUGUUCCUCAAGAUGGAAUAGUGGAACCAGAGUUUGCAAUUGCACUUUUAAGGGUAUACCUGGUUUACGGAUUACCUGCAUCUCAAAGUAUCAUCGCCCAUCUUGUCAAGAACCUCCCUUCUGCUAGAACAGCACCAGCGUUUGACAGUGGAGUGUUGACCAAGAAAACUAAAUGUCCUGUUGCAAAGCAAGUUCUGAAGAAGAAGCGAAAGGGGAAAAGGUCUAGCAGCAGACGGCAUGUGAAUUCCCAAGAAGAUGAAGAAUCGGUUGAAAACACUGUAUCAGAUCUUCAGUCCACUGCAAUGAAGGACGACAACAUUCUUAAUUUUACACAAGAGGGGUAUACAGUUUCUAGUCAGUCAAGUUCGGAAUCUGACUUUUCUGACCCAGAAACUGGUUUUAGAAGCAGUGUAAGGAGAACAUGCUGUCGGAUAAGACAAAAUGCAGCAAAAUGUAUUCAAGAUAUUCUCAAGGUAUCAGAUCGACGUGCUAAACUCUCCUCUUGGCUACUGCUUGUUCCAGAAGCUCUUUCCCAUCUCGAACCUUCUUUGAUGUCAAGUUUUAUUAACGAUCCCACUGCCAAGGUCCGACUUUCUGCGCUAUCCACGCUCAUUGAGCUUAUCAAUGACUCCAAGCAAUAUCUCGAAGCUGCUGUUGACAGGACCCAAAGUCUGCAGACAAUCGCACGCUCAUUCGUUCCAUUUUCAGUGAAAUUAAAUCAGUCAUUGGUGCUUUUACAUGAAGCAUUUCUUGAGCAUCUGAAUGGCAGAAAGUCUGAUUUUGCCAAGGAAAAGGCGCUGCAAUGCUUGUCGAUUUUGGUAUUGAAUACUCCCUAUGAAAAGAUAGGAGCAGAAAACCUACACAAGAUCAUUGCAUUAAUCCCACGAUUUCUUUAUGUAUCUGACCUCAAUGUCACUAUAUCUACACUUACUUGCUUUGCUGCCAGUCUGUCUGUUAAGCCAGAUGAUGCGGCAAUCAAAACGUUAAUGCUGAAUACCCCAAAGACAAUACAAAAAAUGCUACCAGAAAUUGGGAGUCGUGACGUCACUUUCAGAUCUUGGCUCGUUAAGUAUUGUUACAUUGAGCUUGAGCGUGACGACAGAGAUGGCUCAACGACAGACUCAACAAAUCAAGAACGAAUCAAAAAUCAAUGUCUACAGUUACUGAAAAUUGUGGUCCAGUUCUAUCCUUGUCUUGUCUCAAACUCAGAGCGUAAGGUGUUGCUCUUUUUGAUUUGUAAAAGAUACGUCAAAAUGAUGGAGUGCACGCUGUCUGUUCAUGCUAUCAAGUUAUUGGAAGAAUUUGGAAAAAGCCUCUCCAAAUUAAGAGCGGAUGUCAACAGCAAUCUAGAAGAGCAAAUUCUAUUCUGGAAAGAGGUUUUUGAUGGUCCAUUGAUUGGACUCUUUCAGUCAGCAACGCCUGUAUCGAAAAUCUUAUCAGCUGCUUGUGAUGUUCUUUCAACGAUCAGUGACGAUGUUUUUCUUGAAUUACACAUGAGGUAUCAAAUCAUGGUAAAAACUCUUUUACUUGGGGCAGCCGAUGAUAACGACAAUCAAAUAAAGUCUGCUGCCAUCAGGGCACUCGGUAUACUCGUCACAUACAGCUUUGUAAAAGAGGAUCACUCCUUUGUUGUUGAUGUUGGUGAAGUAAUAUUCAGGCAACUCAAGUCCCCCUCUUUGAAUGUCAGAAUCAAAGCUGGAUGGUCGUUUGGGAAUUUGACAAAUUCGCUCAUAACUAACUGGUCUUCGACUGAAAGCAAUUUGGAAUUCUCCAGCUUAUUCAUUUUAGAACUUCUUGAAGCUUGCAAGAAAUCAGCAUCAGACCAUGACAAGAUCAAACCAAAUGGAGUAAGAGCAAUUGGAAAUGUGCUUAAGUGGCUCCCGGCAAAAGUUUUUGAGCAACCCAACGUUAAGAAGCUUGUCGAAGAAGUGAUUGCAACGUUGAUCCAAAAUAUAGUGUCCGGUCCAAUGAAGGGCCGAUGGAAUGCUUGUUAUGCAUGCAGUAACAUGUUCCAGGGCAGUUCAUUACCAUUUGACCAAGUGCCUUGGAUGGAGGAGAUAUUAAAAGCUUUGGGAUCAGCAAUGAAAGACUGCAAAAAUUUCAAGGUUCGCAUAAGUGCUGCCAUUGCUCUGAGCACUCCAGACAUGAGAUCAAUCUAUGGCGAUGAACAACACUUUGUCAACAUUUGGGUUUAUUCUAUCGAUGCAUUAAUAUCUUCAGAAAAUUUGUCAGAUUUCACUGAAUUUAAGUUCAAGAAAAAUCUGCAAAACAAGAUUUGCCGCCUAAUCUGCCAUUUGCUGAGUCUAGCAAGUUCCUCUGACCUGGACAAAAUGCAACCAACAAUUGAUGACAAUGUCUCCCUGUUAAAUGAACAUUUGUGGAGUUUUUUCGAUGGAAUAUCAAAAGAAGAGGAAAAUGAAGAAAAGGAAGAAGAAAGUUGCAUUUCAAAAGAAGGAAUCGACGUCAAAGCUUUAAUACAGAAUCUGUCAAAGUUGCAAAAAAUUUCCCCAACGUUCGGAAAUCUUGAAAAAAUUCUGGCAAAAAUAUCAGCGAUCUGACAAAGUUAAACAGAUUUAUGAAUGACGUACCAUGAAGAUUCCCAACUUUGAUUUGGUGCCAUUGGCCAUUUAGAAACGAAGUAAGCAGCUUCGUUGAUGACAUUUUAGAGGACGCUGAUCAGUUAAUCUUAAUUAAUUCUUAUACAGCCCAAGCUCUAUUAUUGUUAUUUUUUAUGUCAUAUUGGAGAAAUGUUAUAAAUCCCAAAGAGGCUCUUUCAGCGCCGUUUUAUGUUCAAUUAUAUUUCAGUAUAUUUCAGAUAAGAUGUAGAAAGAUUUUAUUAUCAAAAAAGCUUUAAAUUUAAA